UCAUUCGCAGACCCAUUAAGCUUCCUGCUUGCGAGAAUGGCUGGAUCGAACGAGGCGCUUCCUCGGCUCUGCUUCCUUGGCCUGAUCUUGUGCCUGUGUUACUCUUCGGCAGCGGCGGCUUCCACGCCCGACUUGCUUUACUUGAACCUACUGUGGCCAGGGGGUUACUGCCAAAGCGUGAACCUGGGGGAGAAUUGCUGCAUACCGACGACGGGAGAGCCGGCGGCGGACUUCCUUGUGCAGUCGUUGGAGACGUACGACAGCAGCACCGGCAACCCCAUCACCAACUGCAACAGCCACUGCCGCUUCUUGAUCAAUCCGCUGGUGGAUCUGAUCGAGGACCUGUUCGCGUACUGGCCCAACCUGAGCUGCCCCAGCAACAAUGGCAUGGAGCAGUGGAAACACGUCUGGUGCACGUAUGGCAACUGCACCAGCCUCAGCGAGGUGGUGUACUUCAACCGGACACUUCUACUGAGGGAGCAGGCCAACAUCCUCGCCACCCUGAAAUCCCGCGGUAUCGUCCCGGACGCGAGCGUUACCUACAACUUGAAAGAUAUCACGGAGGCGCUGGCGACCACUCUGGGGUCCUCUUCCUUCUCGGUGGAGUGCGAGAGGAGGUACACGGCGUGGCCGUUGCUGUACCAGGACUACCUCACCCGCAUCCGCAUCUGCGUCUCCAGCGACGCCACCACCUUCGUGACCUGUCCCACGGACUUGCCGACUAACUGCGGCAACAAGGUCAAGUUUGCGCCGAUCUUGUAUCCGUCGUCGCUUGGUCGCCAAGGCGAUGCUACCGCCAACCCUGUCAGGUUGCCCUCCGUCCUGAAGGACGCGUUCCUGUGAUCAGCCAGCGCCGGCGACCACCUCCAUGUCGUCAACUACAUGACGUGGCGUAUGGAUCAAUCCUAAUAAGAUUAGUUGCUCGUCGGUACCUGUACUUCUCUUUUACUUUCGUUUCGCAGAAUGCCACCCAUCGUGUCGACGACCGAAAUAAGUGUGUAAGGAUCGUUAUUAUAAGUGAACUCCCAUUGCACGUA